AUGACAAAAGACGCUCUCGAGACAUCAACAACAACUACACAAUACGACCUUGACAUGCAUCCAUGCAACGCAUCCAUUAUUCACAUUACCAAUAAGAUGACGCGGGAGUUGUCAUACAUAAAGAUACGACAUAAUUUCGAUGAUAAUUAUGCCAUUAGUUUGGUUGAUCCAGAGACUUUUAUUCCUUGCGCCGAGAGUCAUUCUAUCAGUACAACGGAGCGAUCACGUUCGAUAGUUUUGCACGACAAACAAGCAAUGGAGGUUCCCUUUACAGAUACAUCAUCGCGUAUUGGUUUUCAAUGGAGCUUUGAUUGGGAAGGCGAUCAAUACCGCUGGAUUCGCACAAGCAGGCUGCGCAAUUCGUUAGAAUGCCGUCGUUUUACCACCCAAUCUGGCGAUGUCUGUGCCGCAGUAGCUCAAUAUGCACCAUCCAACAAAGGAAAGCACGCAUUGGGUGUGUUAUCGAUUCAUGCAAUGGCGCCACAUAGUCACCGAUCACCGCUCGAAUGGAUGAUCCACAUGACAUUGUUCAUUGUGCUGGAUAAAAAACUGAGCGAUAUGAAUGGUGGUAUUAGCAGCAAGCUUCCUUGGUGUAGUCUACGAAAGCAUCGGCAUAACCAUUUAAGCAGCAUGGAGGACGAUCAAGACAAAGAAUAUCCAAAAGCAGUUAGCAGGGAGAAAAUGAUGGUGGAUCAUGGGGAAUCGAUUAUGGCAGCAGGCAAGGAAUCGAACAUACUACCAGCACCACCACCACCAAAGUCAUGGAACAUACACCAAAUGAAUCUCAUUGAUGCCACUGCUACGUUACGCUUGCAUUCGAAUCAUCACACAACGGCUCACCAUCACAAACUUGAAAAUCUAUUCUCUUCACAUGACCAUCAUGCACCACCGUCAACAAUGCCAGAGCAAUUGUUGACACCAUCACCACCACCACCACAACAACAACAACACCGGCAAAUUUCAUUGCCGUUAUCAUCAUCAUUAUCCCGAUAUCAACAAACUGCGGACGGUGGUUCCUGUGACAAUAGCCAAUUCAUUUUGCAGCGACCCAUAUCUUUACGCAGAGUGUCAGCUGGUGGGAACCACCGUGGAGAUUAUUUCCAACAAAGAAUACAGUAUGCUCAUUAUCCUUGUUUUCCAUACUUUAAUAACCCUUCUCCUUCAGCCCCCCAAUUCUACAAUACGUACUAUUAUUAUGGGUAUCAUUGA